GAAAGACAGGGUCGAGAGAAAGCGCAUGUGUGAUUCCGCUCUCUCUCCCCCCAUCUUGUGUGUAUAACGUCUCUACCACCGGACAGCCGUACCAGCGUCCGCGGGCACUGCGGGGGAAAUUCAACCCAGAAUGGAGUGAUAAUGAACGGAGCCUCUCUUUUUCUUUUAGUCUUGUUUUUCCCCCGACUGUCAUCCUCCUCGAUGUCUCUCAUCAGUUUUUAACCAAAACAAAAUGUGGAUUUCUUGUGACCAAUUUUUAUUGAUAUUUUCUGGCUUUUGGGGACUCACAAUGGGUGCUUUCCCGAGCAGUGUUCAGAUCGGCGGCCUGUUCAUCAGAAACACGGAUCAGGAAUACACAGCGUUUCGCCUGGCCAUCUUCCUGCACAAUACCAGCCCCAACGCAUCCGAGGCACCCUUCAACCUGGUGCCUCAUGUGGACAACAUCGAGACAGCCAACAGCUUUGCUGUCACCAAUGCCUUCUGCUCGCAGUACUCGCGGGGUGUAUUCGCCAUCUUUGGCCUGUACGACAAGCGCUCGGUGCACACGCUGACGUCGUUCUGCGGGGCGCUGCACAUCUCCCUCAUCACGCCCAGCUUCCCCACCGAGGGAGAGAGCCAGUUCACGCUGCAGCUUCGACCCUCCAUCCGCGGGGCGCUGCUCUCGCUGCUCGACCACUACGACUGGAACAAGUUUGUCUUCCUCUACGAUACGGACCGGGGUUAUGCCAUACUGCAAGCCAUCAUGGAGAAGGCGGGCCAGAACAGCUGGCAGGUGAGCGCCAUCUGUGUGGAGAAAUUCAACGACGCGGCCUACCGGCGCCUCCUGGAAGACCUGGACCGACGGCAGGAGAAGAAAUUUGUCAUUGAUCUGGAGGCCGAGAGGCUCACCAACAUGCUGGAGCAGAUUGUCAGCGUCGGAAAACAUGUCAAAGGCUACCAUUACAUCAUGGCUAACUUGGGGUUUAAGGACAUCAACCUCGAGCGCUUCAUGCACGGAGGGGCCAACGUGUCGGGCUUUCAGCUGGUGGACUUCAGCAACCCCAUGGUCAUCAAGCUGAUGCAGCGCUGGAACAAGCUGGACCAGAGGGAGUACCCAGGCUCCGACAGCCCCCCGAAGUACACGUCGGCCCUGACGUACGACGGCGUGAUGGUGAUGGCAGAGGCCUUCAGGAACCUGCGUAGGCAGAAGGUUGACAUCUCUCGCCGGGGCAACGCUGGGGACUGUCUGGCUAACCCCGCCGCCCCCUGGAGUCAGGGCAUUGACAUGGAGCGCACCCUCAAACAGGUCUGGCUGCAGGGAUUAACAGGUAAUGUCCAGUUUGACCACUAUGGACGCAGGGUCAACUACACCAUGGACGUGUUUGAGCUGAAGAACAACGGACCCAGACGAAUGGGUUACUGGACGGAUUCAGACAAGCUGGUUCUGAUCCAGAAUGAAGCCCUCAAUCCCAACGAAAUCAUGGAGAACAGAACUGUCGUGGUCACCACUAUCAUGGAGGGUCCCUAUGUCAUGUUGAAGAAGAACUGGGAGCUGUACGAGGGCAACGACCAGUAUGAAGGCUACUGCGUGGACCUGGCCUCGGAGAUAGCCAAACACAUCGGCAUCAAGUAUAAGAUCGCUAUCGUUCCUGACGGAAAGUACGGCGCCCGGGACCCGGAGACCAAGAUUUGGAAUGGAAUGGUCGGGGAGCUGGUGUACGGGAAAGCGGAAAUCGCUGUGGCCCCAUUGACAAUCACGCUGGUCCGGGAGGAGGUGAUCGACUUCUCCAAGCCCUUCAUGUCACUGGGCAUCUCCAUCAUGAUCAAGAAGCCCCAGAAGUCCAAACCUGGGGUGUUCUCCUUCCUGGACCCGCUGGCCUACGAGAUCUGGAUGUGCAUUGUGUUUGCCUACAUCGGCGUGAGCGUGGUGCUCUUCCUGGUCAGCCGCUUCAGCCCGUACGAGUGGCACACCGAGGAGCCCGAGGAGGGCACCGACGGUCCGCCCAGCGACCAGCCCCCCAACGAGUUCGGCAUCUUCAACUCCCUCUGGUUCUCCCUGGGCGCCUUCAUGCAGCAGGGCUGUGACAUCUCCCCCAGGUCUCUAUCUGGGCGUAUCGUGGGUGGUGUGUGGUGGUUCUUCACCCUCAUCAUCAUCUCCUCCUACACGGCCAACCUGGCAGCUUUCCUCACAGUAGAGAGGAUGGUGUCGCCCAUUGAGAGUGCUGAAGACCUGGCAAAACAGACAGACAUAGCCUACGGCACCCUAGACUCCGGCUCCACUAAAGAGUUUUUCAGGAGGUCAAAGAUCGCAGUCUACGAGAAGAUGUGGGGCUACAUGAAGUCGGCCGAACCGACUGUGUUUACCAAGAACACCCAGGAGGGGGUUGUACGUGUGCGGAAGAGCAAAGGGAAGUACGCUUUCCUAUUGGAGUCAACCAUGAACGAGUACACGGAACAGCGGAAGCCCUGCGACACCAUGAAGGUCGGCGGAAACCUGGACUCCAAAGGAUACGGAGUGGCCACCCCCAAGGGUUCACUGUUAAGAAGCGCAGUUAACCUGGCAGUGUUAAAACUGAAUGAACAAGGCCUGUUGGACAAAUUGAAAAACAAGUGGUGGUACGACAAGGGAGAGUGUGGCAGCGGCGGAGGUGGCGAGAAGGACAAGUCGUCUCAGGCCCUGUCGUUGAGCAACGUGGCGGGGGUCUUCUAUAUCCUCGUGGGGGGCCUGGGCCUGGCCAUGCUGGUGGCCCUCAUUGAGUUCUGCUACAAGUCCCGGAACGAGGCCAAGCGAAUGAAGCUGACCUUCACAGAGGCCAUGAGGAACAAGGCACGCCUGUCGAUCACAGGCAGCGUGGGGGAAAACGGACGUGUCCUGACGCCUGACUGUCCCAAAGCGGUCCACUCGGGCCCCUCACUCCGCCAGAGCUCCGGCCUGGCCUUGGUCUCCUCCGAGCUCCCGUGAAAACCAAAAACCUUCAAAGUGCCUUAAAAAACUACCUACCCACAACCACCAUAUACCACAAAGACACAGGACAAGCACCACCCUAACCGGACACCACUAUUGUCUGGGAAGAGAAGGACUAUCUAACGUUGUGGACAUUUUCUAAUGUAGCAGAGAUGGGGACUCUAGUGAAUUGGUGGUCAUUUUAGAAGGAUUUCUGUGGAAAAGUACGAUCUGGAUUUUCACUAUGGUCACGCUGGGGCUUAUUGUAAUCAUGGUGGCGUUUCUCGGUGCAGAGGUGGAGAUUGCGUCAUGACAUGUUUCACUCAAGACCCUGUACCAACUUACCAUACCUCCUCGCACUGGCGAAGGAAGAGGAGAAACGAGAGUCAAGUGAAAAUUAAAAGUAAAUGACCAGAAAACUGUAAACUUUAAACGUGUAACUGUGUAUCUCUGGGUUGCUGACUGUGAAUUGGCAAACUGAAUCACAAUCAAAAAGUGGACAAUAUUUAUUACCAGUUGAGAACAGUGUUUGAAAGACAACUGUCAGUCAACAAUUCACUAAAUAUAAAUCCCUGACAUCAUGAGGCGGAGUGUCCCCCGGUGUCACCAUGGAGAUAAACUAUAAUUAUUAAUGAACUACAGUAACUCUAUUGACAAUUAGUAUAUGAUAAAUAAACUGUGAAGAUUUAGUAAAUAUGUAUAUUCUGCGAAGACAAAGCAAAAGAAAAAAUAUUUGCGGUACAUAGAGGAGACUGCAUAACAUGCUUGCUUUUUAAACAGAUGUAAAUAGCUGAUUCGGUAGUGGACGGAGGACUGUUCUCUUUUUGUAAACAUCUUUAAAGGAAUAAUUCAUCGCAAUAAUGGAUAAGAAGUUUGAGGAGAGACAUUGAGACAGUGUUUUAUUUCUUCGAUGUUCAGUACACAGAGUACUGUGUUCAGAAGACAGAGUGCUGAACAUUCAUGCUCAAUGUUCCAUGAGUAUAGUAUCAACUCUCCCCAUCCAGAUACCUGUUCCCUACAUAUUAAUAUAUUCAGCGAUGAAUGUUAACUAGCCCCACCCCAUCCUCUAGCCACACCUCCUCACUGUGCAGUCGUAGACCAGAAAGUGUCUCAUAGACCAAACUUUACAUUUAAGCCCUUUACUUGCGUUUCCGCUGUCAAAAUCAAACUAUAUAUCGUUCAAUCAAUUUUUUUGUAACGAACAAAUACACAAACUGUCCAUCUCCUGGUUUUUCAGCGUUUUUUCAACGUUCACGGCUGUUGAACGUCUCUUAUCUGGGUAGAUAUUUUAGAUUAUUGUGUGUGGAGAGUAUAACGCAAAAAUGAAAUGUGAAAUGAGAAAAAAGAAAUUGUUCUCAUUGCUAUAUUAUUUUGAGAGUCAAAGCUAUUUCCUAUACAGUAUUUAUUAAUAAAAAAUCAUGAAGAAGAAGAAGACACUGUUUGUAUUAUUGAGCCAGGGUCAAAGCUUUGGCCCUCAACACUGUGGAUCCUCAGUAGCAGGCUGGACACUAUAGCAGAACAUAUGACCCCCCCUCCCUCUCAUUGAAGUUAUUAAUGCAUUGGCCCUCAACACUGUGGAUCCUCAGUAGAAGGCUGGACACUAUAGCAGAACAUAUGACCCCCCCCUCCCUCUCAUUGAAGUUAUUAAUGCUUUGGCCCUCAACACUGUGGAUCCUCAGUAGCAGGCUGGACACUAUAGCAGAACAUAUGACCCCCCCUCCCUCUCAUUGAAGUUAUUAAAGCUUUGGCCCUCAACACUGUGGAUCCUCAGUAGAAGGCUGGACACUAUAGCAGAACAUAUGACACCCCCUCCCUCUCAUUGAAGUUAUUAAUGCAUUGGCCCUCAACACUGUGGAUCCUCAGUAGCAGGCUGGACACUAUAGCAGAACAUAUGACCCCCCUCCCUCUCAUUGAAGUUAUUAAUGCAUUGUUUGCAGAGGUCUCAACUCAUGGCUGAUGGAGGGACAAUCUCUGGGCCCAUGGGCCACAAUAGGACAAUCUCUGGGCCCAUGGGCCACAAUAGGACAAUGCCUUUUACUAAGUCAUCCUUUUGUCUAUUUCAUUUUCAACUUUUUCCCCCAAAACCUGCUUCUGCUAUUGUUGUUGUCGGACAAUGUUUUCAAUGUUUUCAUUUUCUGCACAUAUAUACAUUCAUCCAGUCCGUACACACACACACACACACACACACACACACACACACACACACACACACACACACACACAUCAGUGGAGGUUGCUAAGGGGAGUACAGCUCAUUAUAAUGGUUGGAAUGGCAUCAACCAUCAAAUACGUGGUUUCCAUGUGUUUGAUGCCAUUCCAUUGACUCCAUUCCAUAUUUCCCUUUCUUUGGUCAUAGGUGUAACAACAUGAAUGUGUACAUGAGGCAGAAAUAAUGCAGUGCGAAAAAUGUGGUUCCUUUUCUAACAGGAGGGAGGAAGAGCAGAGGCUUUUUAAAGUCAUGUUUAAAUUAAAUCUGAGAGGUAGAGCUUGGAUUGCAUUUUGACUCAGAAAAGGCUGGUGAGCACUGACUUAGGGAACAGGGGGCCAUUUCAAACGCAGAGCAUGAAACAUAAAUCUUUGCUAGGCCACAUCCUAAAUGGCACCCUAUUCUAUAGUAAUGCACUACUUAGGAAAUAGCACAGGAGAUUGGUGGAACCUUAAUUGGGGAGGACGGGCUCGUGGUAAUGGCUGGAGCGGGAUGAGUGGAAUGGUUGGUGCCAUUCCAUUGACUCCAUUCCAGCCAUUAUUAUGAGCCGUCCUCCCCUCAGCAGCCUCCACUGACACAUAUACACAACAUGUAUACACAAGCACACACACACACACACACACAGAAUGGAGGGACCUAAUUGCGUUGAGAGAAUAAACCAGCUAAAAUAUUUCAGGCCAUCUGUUUUGGUCCUGCCAUAUGUCUGUAAAAUUUAAAUUAAACCAUUCAAAUCUUUAUUUUGAUCUUUUUUGGUAAAAAGGAAAUUCAAA